GGAGCAGAGAGCAGUCACAGAGGAGGCGGAGGAGAGAGCAUUCAAAGAGGAGGAGGGGGACCGAGCAUUCAAAGAGGAGCAGAGAGCAGUCACAGAAGUGGAGAACAGGGAAGAGGAGGAAGAAGUCGAUGGGAACACUGAUCCAGGGGCGUCCGGCAGCCUAACGGUUAGAGAGGUGAGCCAGCGACCAAGGAUUGCCAGUUUGAAUUCCGGGUCCUGCAGAGAAGUUGGUGCGUUGGCAGCCCCAGGAGGUUCCAAAACUCUGUCGGAAGGAGAGAUCUCCAACCCAGGUUCAGACAGUGAGCCCAGUUCCACAGCAUCAGGAAACCAUAAACAACACAGACAGAGGAACUCAAGACAGAAACAUCACCACUGCAUGGACUGCUUCACUAGUUUCUAUGAUCCAGAGGAGUUGAGAAGGCACACUUGUAGACCCCACCCCUGCUCAGAUUGCAGAGGCAGUGUUAUUUGUCCGACUCACCUCAAAUCAAAACAGACUCAGAAAACGAAGGCGACAUACCCGUGUGGUCAAUGUGGAAUGAGAUGUGAAACACCAAGCAAACUAAAGACGCACCAGAGAACUCACACAGGAGAGAAGCCAUACCACUGCACUGUUUGUGGAAAGGGUUGCAGUCAUUCGGACCAUCUAAAGACGCACCAGAGAACUCACACAGGAGAGAAGCCUUACCACUGCUCCCAAUGUGGAAAGAGUUUCAGUCAGUUAACAACUUUGAGAAACCACCACCUAACUCACACAGGACAGAAGUCUUACCUCUGCUCUCAUUGUGGGAAGAGUUUCAGUCAGUUAGCCAACCGAAAUACACACCAGUUAAUUCACACAGGAGAGAAGCCAUACAACUGCUCUCAGUGUGGGAAGGAUUUCAGAUCUCCAAGAGAAUUAAAGUCACACACGAGAACGCACACAGGAGAGAAGCCUUUCCACUGCUCCCAAUGUGGAAAGAGUUUCAGUCAGUUAUCAAGUCUGAAAAGACACCAACUAACUCACACAGGAGAGAAGCCUUACCUUUGUUCUCAAUGUGGGAAGAGUUUCACCACGUUAUCUGAACUGAAGCCACACCAGAUAACUCACACAGGAGAGAAGCCUUACCUCUGCUCUCAAUGUGGGGAUAGUUUCACCAGUUUAUAUUUCCUAAAGAAACACCACCUAACUCACACUGGAGAAAGGCCUUACCUUUGCUCUCAUUGUGGGAAGAGUUUCAGUCAGUUAGCCAACCUAAAUACACACCAGUUAAUUCACACAGGAGAGAAGCCUUACCACUGCUCUCAAUGUGGGGAUAGUUUCACCAGUUUAUAUUUCCUAAAGAAACACCAGCUGAUUCACACAGGUGGAAAGCUGUUCCAAUGCUCCCAGUGUGGUAAGAGUUUCAGUCAUUCAUCAACUCUGAAGAAACAUCAGAUAACUCACACAGGGGAGAAACCUUACCACUGUUCUCAGUGUGGAAAGAGUUUCAGUCUGGUAGGAAACCUAAAGAGACACCAACUAACCCACACCCCUUCCAUGUCUGAACCCAAGUCCCCGGGUUCUUACUGUGGUGUUCCAGGACAGAGAAGCUCACAGUGGGGUCCAGAGAUGGUCUUAGUGAAGCUGGAGGACUGUAGUCAUCCACUGGAACUCAAUGUGAUAGUCAAAGAGGAGGAGAGGGAAGUCAAGGAAGAGGUAGAGAUUAAAGAGGCGGAGGACAUGGCCCUCAAAGAGGAGGCGGAGGACAUGGCCCUCAAAGAGGAGGCGGAGGACAUGGCCCUCAAAGAGGAGGCGGAGGACAUGGCCCUCAAAGAGGAGGCGGAGGACAUGGCCCUCAAAGAGGAGGCGGAGGACAUGGCCCUCAAAGAGGAGGAGGCGGAGGACAUGGCCCUCAAAGAGGAGGAGGCGGAGGACAUGGCCCUCAAAGAGGAGGAGGCGGAGGACAUGGCCCUCAAAGAGGAGGAGGCGGAGGACAUGGCCCUCAAAGAGGAGGAGGCGGAGGACAUGGCCCUCAAAGAGGAGGAGGCGGAGGACAUGGCCCUCAAAGAGGACAUGGCCCUCAAAGAGGACAUGGCCCUCAAAGAGGAGGAGGCGGAGGACAUGGCCCUCAAAGAGGAGGAGGCGGAGGACAUGGCCCUCAAAGAGGAGGAGGCGGAGGACAUGGCCCUCAAAGAGGAGGAGGCGGAGGACAUGGCCCUCAAAGAGGAGGAGGCGGAGGACAUGGCCCUCAAAGAGGAGGAGGAGGCAGCGGAGGAGGAGAUGGUCACAGAAGUGGAGAACAGGGAAGAAGUAGAUGGUAACACUGACCCAGGAGAGAUCUCCAACCCAGGUUCAGACAGUGAGCCCAGUUCCACAGCAUCAGGAAACCAUAAACAACACAGACGGAAGAACUCAAGACAGAAACAUCACUGCAUGGACUGCUUCACUAGUUUCUAUGAUCCAGAGGAGUUGAGAAGGCACACUUGUAGGCCCCACCCCUGCUCAGAUUGCAGAGGCAGCUUUAUUUGUCCAAUUCACCUCAAAUCAAAACAGACUCAAAAAAGGAUUAUGACAUACCCGUGUGGUCAAUGUGAGAAGAUAUGUGAAACACCAAGCAAACUCAAGACGCACCAGAUAACUCACACAGGAGAGAAGCCAUACCACUGCACUGUUUGCGGAAAGGGUUGCAGUCAUUCGGAUCAACUAAAGACACACCAGAGAACUCACACAGGAGAGAAGCCUUAUCAUUGCUCCCAAUGUGGAAAGAGUUUCAGUCAGUUAUCUACUCUGAGAAAACACCACCUAACUCACACAGGAGAGAAGCCUUACCUCUGCUCUCAUUGUGGGAAGAGUUUCCGUCAGUUAGCCAACCUAAAUGCACACCAUUUAAUUCACACAGGAGAGAAGCCAUACCACUGCUCUCAGUGUGGGAAGGAUUUCAGACAUCCAAGAGACUUAAAGUCACACCAGAGAACUCACACAGGAGAGAAGCCUUACCACUGCUCCCAAUGUGGAGCGAGUUUCAGUCAGUUGUCAACUCUGAAAAAACACCAGCUAACUCACACAGGAGAGAAGCCUUACCUCUGCUCUCAAUGUGGGAAGAGUUUCAGCAGGUUAUGUGAAAUGAAGGCACACCAGAUAACUCACACAGGUGAGAAGCCAUACCACUGCUCUCAAUGUGGGGAUAGCUUCACCAGUUUAUAUUUCCAAAAGAAACACCAGCUGAUUCACACAGGAAAAAAGUCAUUUCACUGCUCCCAGUGUGGGAACAGUUUUAGUCAAUCAUCAACUCUGAAGACGCACCAGAUAACUCACACAGGAGAGAAGGCCUUCCACUGCCGUCAGUGUGGGAAGAGUUUCAGUCAUUUAUCAACUCUGAAGACUCAUCAGAUAACUCACACUGGAGAUAAGCCUCACGUCUGCUCUCAGUGUGGGAAGAGUUUCAGUCUGGUAGGAAACCUUAAGCGACACCAGCUAUCCCACACAGUAGAGAAGCCUUUCUGUUGCUCUCAUUGUGGGAAGGGUUUCAGUCAAUCAUCAGCUUUAAAGAAACACCAGAGAACUCACAGACAGCUUUAUUUGUCCAACUCACCUCAAAUCAAAACAGACUCAAAAAGGAGGAGGGUGUACUCAUGUGGUCAAUGUGGGAAGAGAUUUCAAACACCAAGCAAACUCAAGACGCACCAGAGAACUCACACAGGAGAGAAGCCAUACGACUGCUCUGUUUGUGGGAAGUGUUUCAGUCAGUCGAACCAACUAAAGACACACCAGAGAACUCACACAGGACAGAAGCCUUACCACUGCUCUCAGUGUGGAAAGAGUUUCAGUUGGUUACACAGCCUGAAGACACACCAGAUAACUCACAGGGAGAAGCCUUACCACUGCUCGCAGUGUGGUAAGCGUUUCAGUCUGGUAGGAAACCUAAAGAGACACCACCUAACCCACACAGUAGAGAAGCCUUACCACUGUUCUCAUUGUGGGAAGAGUUUCAGUCAGUUACACCAUCUAAAGACACACCAGUUAAUUCACACAGGAGAGAAGCCAUAUCACUGCUCUCAAUGUGGGAAGAGUUUCAGUCAUCCAAAAGACUUAAAGUCGCACCAGAGAACUCAUACAGGAGAGAAGCCAUUCCACUGCUCCCAAUGUGGAAAGAGUUUCAGUCAGUUAUCAACUCUAAAAAAACACCAGCUAACUCACACAGGAGAGAAGCCUUACCUCUGCUCUCAAUGUGGGAAGCGUUUCACCAGGUUAUAUCAACUGAAGGCACACCAGAUAACGCACACAGAAGAGAAACCUUACCACUGCUUGCAAUGUGGUGAUAGUUUCACCAGUGCAUAUUUCCUAAAGAAACACCAGCUAAUUCACACGGGAGAAAAGCCAUUCCACUGCUCCCAGUGUGGGAAGAAUUUCAGUCAUUCAUCAACUUUGAAGACACAUCAGAUAACUCACACAGGAGAGAAGACUCACCACUGCUCUCAGUGUGGGAAGAGUUUUGGUCAUUCAUCAACUCUCAAGACACAUCAGAUAACUCACUCAGGAGAGAAGCCUCACCUCUGCUCUCAGUGUGGGAAGAGUUUCAGCCAGUCAUCAACUUUGAAGAAACAUCAGAGAACUCACGCAGGAGGAAAGCUGUGUCAUCAGAGCUGAAGACACUAGCUUAUUCACAUAGGGGAGAAGCCUAAACUCUGCUGUCAAUAUGGGGAUAGUUUCACCAGUUUAUAUUAAUAAAAUAUAACACCAACUAAUUAUGACUAACAAUAACUUACCUGGUUACUUAAAGGGGGUUAAAACUUGCAAAGGAGUGUGGAACAUGCUGUCUGUGUGGAAAGCUUCGGUCAGUCAUCAGAUUUGAAGACACAGCAUUUAACUCGCACAGUAGAGAAGCCUUACUGUGUUCGGGAGUUGUUUGAAUAUUGUUUAUUGAAAUGAAGCUGCUAUGUUCACAAUAAGCCAUUAUCAUCAUAUCACUUUUUCAGGAAUCAGGAAUCAGGAAUCACCAAAAAGUCAGCACUGCAGAGAAAAGGCAGUUUUACAGAAACUGUAUGUAUUUUGUUGGUGCUUAAAACAGACAUGGCUUGUCAAUGUCAGUAUGUCCACUAUACAGCUGUCUUUUUGGGAAUGCAAUACUUUCUCUACCAGCAGACCUUCUGCAGCCACAACGGGCAAUUCAGUGAAGUUGUAUUUGCCAGUGUGGAAUCCAUAGCUAAUAUCUGUCCAUAGAGAAUCCUCAGUAAUCAGACAUCAUAUAUUCUAGUUGGAUUUCUAUAAUCACAUUUCUUUUUUAAGUUGAAAAAAAUUAUAUCAUUUAGUCACAAAAAAAUGUAUGCAAACAAAAUCUUCUAAUUAGAGGAAUAUAACCAAAAAUGAAUAAACAUAUUGUAUUUCAAUUACUCUG